GCAUCAAAUGAUAUGUCAAAGAAUCUAGCUGAAGGGGAGGAAGCUGAGGAGCCUGUGAAGAGGAAAUACGAGCCAAAGAAACUGCACACUACUGAAGUUGCUUCAUUAUUCGAUUUAAAAAGCGAAUACUUGAAGAAAAAGAACGACAUCGUACAAAGCACGACUGGCGAAGUUUAUCGAGGAGGAAAGAGCAGUGUUCUAGCUGUCAACAAGGAGGAGAAAGUCUCAAUAAAGAAAGAAGCCCAAGAAAGGAAAAGACGCAUCAACGAACAUGAGGCUGCUUUGAGGAAAGAAGAAGAAGAACGGCUUGAGCUAGUAAGAAAGAAGCUCAAGGAGAAAUCUGAACUGUAUGAUAAGCUUGCUGAAGGCAAGGUGACGCUCCAGACCAGUGAUGGACUGGAUGUCGAAUUUCUUGUCGACUUUAACGCCAAAGUCAAAGAAAGACAGGAAGAUCAACUGUCUAAGUCAACGUCGCACGAUGAUGUGCAGCCAACCACGUCCGCCUCCAUCGAGCCUACACCGUUAGUUGAGCACUACAUGCCUGAUGAAGAAAGAAGGGUGUAUGGUCCCUCACACAUGAAAUUCUCAUCCGAUGAAGAAAAGCGACAAGAGCAGAUCAAAUCUCUCUACAAAAUGUCAGCAGAGACGGAGAAAAUGCGAGCUAAGAAUAAGUCUGAAGCAGAUGAGAAAGCGCGUGCUAAGAGAGAGAAGCUAAACGCAUUGCGAAGACGGAAAGGAUUACCUGAAAUUCGAACGCCAUCACCUGAACCAGAACCAGAACUACCCGAGGUCAACCUUGAAGAAAUUCCUAUGCCUAUUGAGAAACCCCUGCGA